GCUUCCUGUAUAAAUAAGUAUAGCUUUCCCACAGCUCUUGCAUUUGUGUGGCAACAUGUGCUUUAAAAGAUAAUGGUAACAUGCUUCUAAUAACAGGGAGGAGAUUAUUUCUCGUAGGGACGAGAGGAGGGGAGAUGAGUGCACUUUCAAGCCUAUAACGUGUAAAGCUUUCCCAUGCAGCAAGAAAGAGAGACGGAAGGAAAGAAAGGUAGAAAUGAAAUGGUUUUAUUUUUCAGUCUCUGAGCUCUUGCUGGCUGUGACAUGUCUUGGAAUACUGAAAUGUGAGUGAAGCUGUUGAAAAGUCCGGUAUCUAAGAGGAAAUCCUUCUCUCCUUUUAAUUGCUGGAUGUGUUUAAAUUGAUGUCCUCUGCUACUAAGAUCUGCCUCGGCACCAUGUCAGCUGGAAUAGCAGAAGCUGGGGAAUUACCCUUGGAGUCCUUGGUCACUUGCAAACUGUGCCUAUCUGAAUAUUCACUGGAUAAGAUGACUGCUCUUCAGGAUUGCAGCUGCAUCUUUUGUACCUCAUGUCUAAAACAAUAUAUGCAAUUGGCCAUCCGUGAAGGGUGUGGUUCUCCCAUCUCUUGUCCAGACAUGGUGUGCUUAGGCCAUGGAAUGCUGCAAGAAACAGAGAUAUCCAGCUUGGUGCCUGAGGACCAAUUUCAGUUAUACCAGCAGUUGAAAUUUGAAAGAGAAGUGCAUUUGGAUCCACUGAGAACCUGGUGUCCCUCUGCUAACUGUCAGACUGUGUGCCAAAUUGAACCGAGUGAAUCUGGAUUACCAGUGCCUAUAAAAUGUCAGAGGUGUUACUUGACAUUUUGUUCAUCAUGCAAAGAGCCUUGGCAUGUGGAGGGAUCAUGCUCAGAAAGCCAUUUCGUGGGGGUUGCCAGCGAGCAAGGAACACUUAUUAAAAACAGCUCAGAAGCUCCAAUUAAACAAUGCCCAGUUUGUCGGAUCCAUAUUGAGCGGAACGAAGGCUGUGCUCAAAUGAUGUGUAAAAAUUGCAAGCACACAUUUUGCUGGUACUGCCUACAAAAUUUGGAUAAUGACAUCUUCUUAAGACACUAUGACAAAGGGCCCUGUCGAAAUAAACUGGGCCAUUCACGAGCCUCAGUUAUGUGGAAUAGAACACAGGUUGUUGGCAUUCUAGUGGGCCUGGGAAUCAUUGCCCUGGUAACAUCUCCCUUACUGCUCUUAGCCUCACCGUGCAUCAUUUGUUGUGUCUGCAAAUCCUGCCAAACCAAGAAAAAGAAGCAUGACCCACCACCAACAUAAUAUUUUCUGCCCAUGUUGGACAUAAAUGUCUAUCAUGUUUGUCAGGGAGAAGACUAAUGGUUGACGUCUUGCAUUGUGCUUCACCAACCAGUUCUCCUUUACUUUGCCAACUUCUGUAAAAAGUGCCUACUGGUUCGCAGGAUACCACUUUAUUUGCACGCUAUAGUUCGGGGCAGGGAGAGUGGCUAUUUGCUGUCAUCUGGGUUCAGCUCUGUUUUUUCAUUUUUUAAUGGAGCUGGGCUUGUAAGAUGUUUUUAAAGUUUUUCAAAAUGACUGCUUUGUUUAAAGUGGCAGAUGAAGCUGCAGUUGUUCACCAGAUUCUGAAUGAGUAUUGAUUUUCCCAACAACUUGAUACUGUAUCUCCUGAAGCAGCCAUACAGUUGAAUAAGAAAAUAAAAUGUGUAAUUCAACUCUUUUUAAAGAAAAUGUUGAUUACUUUAAAUGUUAGAUUUCUAGUGCAGACUUAAUGACAGUUUAAAAAACAAACAAAAAACAA